AUGGAAGUUAGUAGAAAAAUAAUUGUGUGCUUAUUGAUGAUCAUCACAAUGGGGUAUUCCAUAACUGAAGGCAGAGAACCAAUGCUACAUAGGGUUGGAGGUGGAAGGUUUACUUGGAAACCAAAAGUUAACUUCACAAAUUGGACAAGUAAUGAGCGUUUCUACAAGGGUGAUUGGCUAUAUUUUGGUUUUGACAAGCACAUCCAUAAUGUUCUUGAAGUGAACAAAACAAAUUAUGAGAAAUGUAUUGACAGCGACUUCAUAAACAACAUUACAAGAGGAGGAAGAGAUGUUUUCCAACUACUAGAGGCAAGGUCAUAUUACUUCCUAUGUGGCAGAGGUUUUUGCUUCCAUGGAAUGAAGGUGGAAAUAAUUGUUGAACCACUUGCAGUUCCACUGUCUCCAACAAUGAACAACAAGGCCUACUCAUCAUUAAAAAUAAAUCGCAUUGAAUUAGUUAUAUAA